AACGGCAACGGCGAUGAACGACAUGGCACACCAAGCACAUCACCAAGCACAUCAUCAAGCAAGGGCGUGUGCGCUGCGUGUCGCAGAGGCACUGGCGCAGCUUGGAUACGGGGCCAAUACCAGUGGUCGGAGUGGGCUUGGCGAGGAACACAUCACGGCACAGCAUGUCUUUGACGAAGCAGAGACACACUGGGACUCGCUUCUCAGGUGGAUCUUCAACGCUGCUGGCCUGAGUGUCGAUAGCGCGUCAGACUACGUAGACACGUGCGUACUGCUGGGUUUGUGCAGCCGGGAAGCAGCAACAAAGUCACUGCCAUCAUUUGACGGCUUCAAGGCAUCGCCCACCUCAUCGACGCUAAUGCAGCGCAUGCAGUUCUUGGACGACCUCACUGCGAUUGCUGUUGUCCUGCGCGAGGACACCAACGACGUCAGCGACACGUGGCAGCAGGAUGCAGCGUUGCUCGAGCAGCUUUCGCGUGAGGAGGAUCUGGACCGAUUGUUUCCGGAAACAUGUCAGCUUUUCCCUGCAGACUUUCCCAUGGACGACUCCCAAACGGCGCAGGAAGCGCUGCGUGCGUUGAAGAGAGAAAACGACAGUUUGGAGACGCAAUUGGCGGAAAUCCAGCAGCAGCUCACCGCAAUUCACGCCGGCAGACGACACAAGAUGAUUGAUGACUCUGCACUGCACACAAAACUUCGCCAGCUCGACGUGUCUCUCAGAACUCUUUCCCAGGUGGCGGAGAACUUCCAAUUCACGUACAGCGAUUACAUCAGCACUCGUCCAAACAGGGUGCCUGAGAACACGGACUUGGUGUCAUCGCUGGACACCGUGUCAACAGCAGCGCUGGCCCUCUCAAACUCUCUGUCGAGCCUUGUGCACGUGCCUGAGGCGCUGGAUGCGAGUGCACUGCAUGAGUCAGACACGAGCCAACUGCUGCAAGUGCUGGCAUCGUGCAAGACGGCCACAGCGAACCUGCUUGCUGCUUCAGCCAUCACCAACACAGCAUCAGGCACAUCCCACCCUUCCACGCCUUCCCGCCACGCACCUGCCAAUGACCUCUUCAUGUAGUGCACACCACCUUUGCAAGCACGCAGCGCAUCAACUUUGGAAAUUCAAUUUGCUCGUGUGUGCGUGUGUCAGCUUUCAUUCUUUAGAACAAAUUGCACCACAAUCAAUACAGUUCACACGGCACCUGCCGAAGAACGCCACCCAACAAGCUUAAAACCACACCAACACGCUCACC